GCAGUAAGAUGCCAUUCGGAUUCUGGCAGGUAAAAAAUUAUUGACAGUUAUGUGUUUUGUGUGUUUUUGGUAUCCUCUUAUAAUUAAUAUUGCAAAAUGAUUAAUAAAGAAUCCGAAGUCGUAGUAGAGAAAAUAUGUAGGUGUUGUAUGUGUGAAAAUGAAAACAUGCAUAAUAUGUUUGAAAAGAAAAAUGAAGAGAAUGAGGAAGAUUCCUCAACACUUCUGUCCGAUAUGCUGGUGGCUUGUGCUUCAAUAGAGGUUUCAUCUGGAGAUGGUUUACCCACUAGUUUAUGCAGGGGUUGUGAAGACAAGUUAAAAAGUGCCUAUGAGUUUAGAAAGUUGUGCCAAAAAUCUGAUACAACUUUAAGGGAUCUUACACAGGAUAGUAAGAAGGGUAUUAGGCAAGAAGAGGAUAUAGUAGUACAACCUGAUUUACACAAUGACGUUUUUGAUGUUGAAGAUGAAGAUAAUAUUCCACUUAUAGAACGAGGAGUGAAGAGAAAAAGAGGCAGACCUAGAAAAAAGGAUAUUGAGUUAACAUGCAAUGUUUGUCACAAAAUAUUGCAGACACCAAAAGGCCUUAGGGUUCAUCUUCGUUCGCAUCCAGAGGCAGCUGAGUUACCCCGCCACACUAAGAAUCAAGAAGAAGCAGAGGAUACCAAAAAAGAAAAGGAAAUCAAAACAGAAGAUGAAAUAAAAACCGAAGUAGCAGAUCUUUUUGCUGCAAUCCAAGAUAGUGAGAAAAAAGGUGAUGAGGUCCAAGAGAUUGAGCCAGAUAUCAGCCACUUCAGUGACCAUGAUGACAAUGUGUUUAACGAUUUCCCCCCAAGUGACAUAGACAAUGAUGACAAUGAUGAAGACUUUACCCUUACCAAUGUAAAAGAAAAAAAACCGAAAAAGGAGCGGAAGAAGAGGAAAUCCAAGCAAGUUGAUGACAAUGGGACAGAAAAAGACAAAGCUACAUAUGAGUGUAAAGAGUGUUCAAAGGUUAUGACAACAUACAUUGGAUUGAAGAUUCACAUGAGGAAACACACUGGGACAGAUUUGGCAACUUGCAAUAUUAUGGAAUGUGACUAUUGUGACAGAAAAUUCAAAUAUAGGAAAAGUUUCUUACACCACAUGCAACAAGAACAUGGAAUGGAGGAAAUGGACAGUGAUACUGACAAGAAGAAUAAAUCUGAUGCUAAAGAUGGCGAAGACGGUGUUUCAACAAAACAUGAAAUUAAAUUGGAUGAACUUAAUAUUAACGAUACUAAACAAGAAGAAGAUGAAGAUGCUGAAGCUGGCAUUCCUGAUGCUGAAAAUGUAUUUGUUAAGAAAUCCCGCAGUAAAAAUCAAGUAUGUCAUGUUUGUGGGGCCUCCUUUUCGAGAGUAAAUCAUCUUACAAGACACAUGACAUUACAUCGUGCUGUUUUAGUUCAUCAGUGUGACAGAUGUGAAAAGGCAUUUGCUACUGAAGAACAUCUAAAAGUUCAUGUUGAAGAAGAGCACAUCAACAAACCUUAUGUUUGCACUGUGUGCAAUAAGCCAUUCAGCAGAGGUGAACAUUUAAUCAGACAUCUAAAAGUCCACCAAAGCACUACAGAUAAAGAUGCCAAUUUGAAGUGUUCUAUUUGUGAAACAACAUUUACAAGGUCAGAUCACCUGGCGCGUCACACCAAGAUCCACUUGCUUCAGGAUAAACGUCAUGUUUGCGGCGAAUGCGGCAAGGCCUUCAACCGACUCGAUAAUCUCAAGACUCACCAGAGGAUUCACACGGGAGAAAAGGAUACGUCCAAGCUGCAUCUGUGUAUCUACUGCGGAAAGGAAUUCAAUAAUUCCAGUAACAUGAUCGUCCAUAUGCGGCGCCAUACAGGAGAGAGGCCUUACAAGUGUAGCGAAUGCGGAAAGGGUUUCCCGAGGUCGCACGAUUUGAAAUGUCACGAACGUACUCAUUCGGGCGAGAAGCCUUAUUUGUGUACGUUAUGUGGAAAAUCGUUUAAUAAGAGUAAUAAAUUGCUCCGUCACAGUCGAGUACAUACAGGCGAACGUCCAUACGUAUGCAACAUAUGUAGUCGAGCCUUCACUCAGUCUAACGAUCUGGCACUUCACAUGCGCAGACACACGGGAGCCCGACCGUAUGCUUGUGGAGUCUGUCCCGCUAGAUUCAUCCAGUCCGGGCAGUUAAAGACGCACAGACGAACUACAGGACAUUGGAUGGACGUCCAACCGGAUCUAAAAGGAGGACACAGGGUUGAACCUGUUACUCCUGCUCACGAACCUAUGCCCAUUAGGUUUAAAGUUCAUAGAACUAUGAAAAAAGAACAAAAUAUUCUCGAACAAGCCGGACUUAUGCCCGCUCAACCGUCAACUUCGGAAACCAACCUCCAACUAAACAACCAGGUCGCAUCAAUCCAAAACGAGCCGCAUAGGAUAGUGAUGGGCAUCAUGGGUAACCUAAAAAUACCAGGUCCCGACGCUUCGAUCCAACCCCUGCUAAUAGAUAGCGCUAAACUAGCAGAAUUGCACAACGCUGGGUUGGUAAACCUGCCCUCAGUCAUCCAGACAGCCAACGGCGACGAAAUUAAAUUGAAAUCCGAGGUUGCCAAUUUCGGUAUGCCUCAGGACAUGGAUAAACAAGAUGGCAGCAACGCCGGUAACGCUUACCAGAACGACGUUAUUUAUUCUAGUGUAGGACACACCUCUACAACGUACACGACCAGUGAGAAUUACAAUUUUCAGAGUUUUCACUAGCUUGAAGUAGUGCAGUUCGUUUAAGGUAGCCUUUCUUUUGAUGUAGUACAAGUUUUGUUGAUUAGACUAUAAGUAAAUGGACACCACUUAUUGACAAUUGCUACAAUCAAUUGAGAAUGUUUCUUUAUAUAUAUUAUAUACUAACACAACAACGUGCAUCUGCCGUACUAGCUUAAAGAAACCUCAAUCGCUCUUACGAUUCCUUAUUAUAUAGGAACGUUUAAAAUAUUAAUUAACAGGUUGACUGCCAAAUGUAUUGAUAAACAGUAUCUACUUUCCAGUUUUCUAGCAACUUACUCCUUUCCGGUAGAGAUCAUUGAUUGAGCGUCACCGAGUCCUGGGACCAUGUACCUUAUCGUACUACAUCGUACUAUUCAUCCCCCACCUAGCUGAUUCGCUCGAGAAUUUUAAUUCUAAGCCAUAGGACCAAUUUGGGUUAUUUAUGGUUAUUUUUAUCGUGGGCAUAAACGUUUACUGUAUAUUGGGCUGUAAAUUGUCUACUAGAUUCUUAGCGUUUUUUAAGACCUUUUCUUUUUUCAACUUGAAUACAAUCAAAAUGGUAACUGUUUUGGAGAUCAUAGUCAACCUGUUAACUCCCGAUAUAUUUUCUGCACAAAGACUGAUAUUUAUUAUAAUUGUUCAGAACUAUCUCACAUUUUUAAUUUUUUGCAAAAUUGCGCCACAUGUAUGAAAAAUAAAUUUUUACUGAGUGUUUUGACAUAUAAAACGAAAGUCGAAUUUGUAAAAAAAGUCAUUUGAAUAACCAUUUACCAUGUAAAAGACAUAUUAUUAGGAAAACAUAUUUUAUGGUAAAUCAUGUAAAAACAAAGUUAUAAAGUUGGAGAAAAUAUUUCCUCAAAUUUAUACGUUUUCAUAGUAAACGCAAAGAUUUAACAAUUUUUUAUCAUGCUGAUAGAACACCAACAUAAAUAUAAAAUUGUUAUGCACAUAGUCGAAGCAAUGGAAUUAUUAUUUUAAUAAGCACAAUAACAUUUUUUUAAAAAGUGCGAAAAUUGUACAAACAAUCAAUGUAAUAGUUUCCUCAGAUGCUACUUUUCUUCACGCCUGUUAAAAAUCUGUUCGAUUUUGUACUUGGGUAAAAUACGAAUUACCAAUAUUAUUAGAGAUAUACAAGAAACAGUGUGUAAUUUGUUGAUGGAUUCGACCGUUACUUGA